AUGAGAAACCAUACAAGGCUAACAACAUUCAUCCUACUGGGAUUAACAGAUGAUCCACAACUUCAACUUCUGAUAUUUAUCCUUCUGCUUGUCACUUACACAUUGAGUGUAACUGGAAAUCUGACCAUCAUCUCCCUCACCUUAGUGAAUUCUCAACUUAAAUCUGCCAUGUACUUUUUCCUCCAAAAUUUCUCCCUCUUAGAGAUCUCAUUCACUACAGUCUGUAUUCCCAGAUUCCUUUACAGCAUGUCUACUGGAGACAAGAUAAUUACUUAUAAUGCUUGUGCUAGUCAACUAUUUUUUAUUAUCCUUUUUGGGGCAACAGAAUUUUUUCUCCUGGCCAUCAUGUCCUAUGACCGCUAUGUGGCUAUCUGCAAACCCUUGCAUUAUGUGACCAUCAUGAGCAGCAGAAUCUGCAGAAGGUUUGUCCUCUGCUGUUGGGUUGGAGGUUUGUUAAUCAUAGUCCCUCCACUUAGCCUAGGCUUAAAUCUGGAGUUCUGUGACUCAAAUGUCAUUGAUCAUUUUCUCUGUGAUGCAUCUCCUAUCCUCAAGAUCUCUUGCUCAGACACAUGGUUCAUAGAGCAGAUGGUUAUAGCCUGUGCUGUGAUGACUUUCAUCAUGACCCUUGUGUGCGUAGUUCUUUCCUAUAUAUAUAUCAUCAAGACAAUCCUCAAAUUUCCCUCUGCCCAGCAAAGGAAAAAGGCUUUUUCCACCUGUUCUUCCCACAUGAUUGUUGUAUCCAUCACCUAUGGAAGCUGCAUCUUCAUUUACAUUAAACCUUCAGCAAAAGAAGAAGUGGACAUUAAUAAGGGUGUGUCAGUACUCACCACUUCCAUUGCCCCAAUGCUAAACCCAUUCAUAUAUACUUUAAGGAACAAGAAAGUGAAAAAAGCAUUCCAUGACUCAAUUAAAAGAAUGGCAUUUCUCUCAAAGAAAUAG